AUGAGUGAUAGAAGAAGUGUUAUAAAAAAGAUUGUGAUGCAAGGAGCUGUUGUAAUGGAAAGGCAGGCUCAAAUGCUUAUAGCAGACUAUAUAGAGGAGGAUGUGAAGCAAGCAAUAUUCUCCAUUCCUGCUAACAAAGCUCUAGGACCAGAUAGCUAUAGUAGCUCCUUUUUUCAAGAUAAUUGGGAAAUUGUUGGCAAAGAGGAAGUAAACAGUACUGUGUUGACUCUUGUUCCUAAGAGUGAUUACAAGCCGAUAGCAUGCUGUAAUGUUAUUUACAAAGCAGCCACGAAGAUGAUCUGUAACAGACUAAGGCUUAUCCUUCCUGAUCUAGUAGCUCAAAAUCAGGGGGGAUUUUCUCAUGAGAGAUUUAUAGCCCACAAUAUCAUGGUUUGUCAGGACCUUGUUAGACAUUACGGGAGGAAGCAUACAAAGGCCAAUUGUAUGAUCAAGCUUGAUUUACGGAAGGCCUAUGAUACAAUAGAAUGA